UUGUAGGAAGGGACUCAUCUUCUCCCCGACUUUCACUCUCCUCAAGAUUUCAAGUCAAUACACUUGGGGCCAAUAAGUCGUAGAGCCUUUGGCACCGUCGAGCGUCAUCAGUCCUCCAUUGGCACAAUGAUGUUGACUGAGGAUAUGGACUUUGUGUGAGGCCAUUAAUAAGACAUCAACAUCAGAGGUAAGGUCCACGUUGGUUUCGUAAUGACAACCUGUUGUAUAGAAGAUGUCAACGCUGUCUGUGACUGAUAUCCCAGAUGUUGGUCAUGAUGAGAGUAAAGUGUUUGACAGUGCUGCAGAGCUGCAGCUGGACUGUAUGGUUGAGGAGAGCAAUGGCAGCACCAGAAUGAAGCAUGGAAGUGUGCUAUCUCUGAGUGACUUGUCCCAGCCAGAUGACUUCCCUGCCCCUCCUCGGAAUGGCUCCGCUAUGACUGGGAUGAACAGCCCUUUGUCAUUAGAUCCAAGUGACAUCAAACCUGAUCCAGCAGUGGGUGACACAUCCACCAGCAUAGAUGGUCAGCCAGUGAAGAGAAAGAAGGGUCCUGCCCCGAAGAUGCUGGGGAAUGAGGUGUGCAGUGUAUGUGGUGACAAGGCCUCUGGUUUCCACUACAACGUACUAAGCUGUGAGGGCUGCAAGGGCUUUUUUCGACGCAGUGUCAUUAAAAGUGCCCAAUACUCAUGCAAGAACAAUGGACGCUGUGAAAUGGACAUGUACAUGCGACGCAAGUGCCAGCAAUGCCGCCUGCGCAAAUGUCGUGAGGCAGGCAUGCUAGAGCAGUGUGUUCUUUCUGAAGAGCAAAUCCGACUAAAGAAGAUGAAGAAGCAGCAAGAUGAGGAAACAGCGCGUUCGUCUACAGUGGUCACUCCCACUCCUCCACAGGAAGCAGCUACACUGGAUCCACAACAGCAGGAAAUGAUUGAGAAGCUGGUGGCUAUGCAGAAGCAAUGCAACAAAAGAUCUUUCCUCGAUCGACCAAAAGUGACGCCGUGGCCACAGAAUCAGGAUCUACAGAAUCGAGAAGUGCGUCAGCAGCGUUUCGCCCACUUCACUGAGCUCGCGAUUAUGUCGGUCCAGGAGAUAGUGGAUUUUGCCAAGCAGCUCCCUGGAUUUCUUGAGCUCACAAGAGAGGACCAGAUUGCGCUGUUGAAGACAUCAACUAUAGAAAUUAUGCUGCUGGAGACGUCUCGUCGAUACAACCCUGCCAUUGAGAGCAUAACAUUUCUGAAGGAUUUUAGCUAUAAUAAGGAGGAUUUCGCAAAAGCAGGCCUUCAGUUUGAGUUCAUUAAUCCCAUCUUUGAGUUUUCUAAAGGAAUGAAUGACCUGCAACUGGACGAAGCUGAAUAUGCUCUGCUUAUUGCCAUCAACAUAUUUUCAGCAGAUCGGCCAAAUGUGCAGGAUCAUGAUCUUGUGGAGAGGCUACAACAACCAUAUGUUGAUGCUCUGCGCGCCUACAUCAUGAUAAAGAGACCAAAUGACCACUUGAUGUUCCCUCGCAUGCUGAUGAAGCUGGUAAGCCUUCGUACGCUGAGCAGCGUACAUUCCGAGCAGGUUUUCGCCCUUCGCCUUCAGGACAAGAAGCUUCCCCCGCUGCUGUCUGAAAUCUGGGACGUCAAUGAGUGACUGCAGUCCUGAUAUCACACUCCUUGGCUUUUUGAAUCUUGAGACUGACGUGGCAUCACACAGGAGCCUGAGCCGGUCUCAUCUGGUCGCGGACUCGUUGUAGCAUUGUGCUGCUGUUGGACUUUAUAUAGGAGAGUUUCAGUGCCCUUUGCUCUGAGAAGGCGUUCUUAGUUGUAGACUUGUUCUUCCUCUUUCUGGAUGUUGGCAUGAUUUUGCCAACGUGAAAUGCCAGUAUAGGCUUUUGAAUGAUUUCUUCCUGAUUCUGUUAAAGUUUAUUUGAAAAUGGAGUGCAGUUCUAUUGUUCUUAUCUAACAGCUUCAGUCAAAAAUGCUUAGUUGCUUUUGUCAUGAUUCCAGCUGGGCUGUCAGUUAAUUUAUUCGGUAGGCUUGCCAACUUGGUUAGACUCAACCUACAGCUGCAGUUCACGUUGAUGUUAGGCCAGUGUUGUGCACCUAGUGUGGGAAAUGUUUGUGUACAUUUUGGAAGCAGUACCGUACUAAGGAGGUGUAGUUGCUCAGGUAAACUAAUGUGAAGUAGAAGAAUCCUUUAAUAGAUCACUUGCGUGCCCAAAGGGGUCCUUUUUAUCAAUGAUGAUGCACACAAAUAAUUUAUUUUCAUAAGACAAAUGUGUGGAGUGCACAAGUAUCCACAAGCCUGUGUGAUUAAAUACUAACGGUUAAUAUUAGCAAUCUGGAAGUAGCGUCAUCAGUCGGGAACAAGGAUAUGUAAAAAAAAAAAAAAUAAUAAUAACACCUAUGGUUGACAGUCAAAUAUGACAGAUACAAAGAAACAUACUUAGCAUCAACUUUAACUGGUAAUAUCUAGACUAUAUACAGUACAGUAAGCGAUCAACUGGAAUGUAUAGCGAUAUUAAAAAUCUAACAUUUUCUCACUAAAGAAAGACUGACACCUAUUUUCAUGUGUGUGCUUCUUCUUGUAGUAAAAAGUUGAAAGGCAAAAAACAUACUAUGGAUGAUGGUGAAAGUAAUUAUUUUAUAUGUUCAGCCAUAAUUUUCACUUAUUGUUUGGUUUCAGAUGUUUCAGAAGCGGGAGAUCCCCUCAUUGCACUGCUUGAAUUGACAGCUUCUAAAUUGGCUUCUCAAACAUCACAUUACCAUAACUGCUGUUUAAUGACAAAUGCCACCAAUCAUUUCAGAUUGUCUUUCUUAAUAUUAUUUUACACAACCAGUUGGAUUUUUUUAAUGUGAUAUUACUACAGUUCAUAGGAACAUUUGCAUAGUUGGAAAUGUUACAGUAAAAAAAACGUGUAUAUGAGCACAAAACAUUUUGCAGCACUUGCAGUAAUAGAGAUGUCGUUUUUGUCAAUUGUAACAGGCAGGCCUGCUUUGGCUUGGUGAUUGAGACAUGAACUGAUGCUAUUUGAAUGUCUUUUUUUCACAAUCUUCCACAUUGUCAAAAUGUAUUUAAAGGUUUUUUUCAUGGGAGACGUGCUCAUCCUUGUGAGGAAAGUGCAGAUGUUUCAGAUAUGCAAAACAGUGGAUGGCUAUGUUUUAUUGAGAUUGACUAGCAAGCAGGCGUGGUAGUUGGCUGAAUCUGAAGUGUAAAAUGUACCAUAUGCAACCAUGCAUUGCACGUGUUAACUAUGAAAAAGGGUCUAAAUUUGAAUCUGGACUGAGGUGGAAUGCGUGUGUUACAGACCUUAACCAAUCUCAAGAAAAGUACUUAACGCUUCAAAGUAAAAGUAUUCACUGGUCAUUUUAAUACUUUUGGUUGUUUUUGACACAAAUGUGAUAUUAUGUUUUUUUUUUUAAAUCAUUGAUAUUUGUAUUAAAUAAGCAAAUUUGAUUAAUUCAGCAGUGUAGUAGCCUGCAAGGUAGUCUGUGUGCUGUCCUCUAAUCAAACAAAAUUGUACGUGCUAAAACUCGUCCUUGUUUGGCUAACGUGCUGACUGUGCGUAAUAUGUUAAAUUGUGCUGUUUAAACUUCUGAUCUCUAAA